AUGGUAGAGAAGAGGGAGACUACUGGACUCAAAGUCCUAGAAAUGGCAUCGACUAAUGGCCAAGACCAAUGGCCCAAAGAAGACAUUGAGAUGUUACUACACCUUGUAGAGAAGAAUCUCCCACCCAAUGACAGUCACACAUUCAAAAUGACCCAGUCAAAGGUGGACUGGGGAAAAGUGGCUUUUAAAACUUACUCUGCAGAAAUGUGCAAGCUCAAGUGGUUAGAAAUUUCCAAUCAAACAAGAAAGUUUCGUACUUUGACAGAAAUAGUUCAGGACACUAAGGAACAUUUAAAAACUUUUUACCAAAAGAAAAAGCUCAAGAACCAUCCCCACUUGCCCAAGAGACCCCUGACUGCUUACUUCCGCUUUUUCACGGAGAAGAGGUCCCAGUACUCUCAAAUGCACCCUGAGAUGAACAACCAGGAGCUGACCAAGGUUCUGUCUAAGAAAUACAAGGAACUCCCAGAACAAAUGAAGCUGAAAUACAUUCAAGAUUUCCAAAAAGAGAAAGAGGAGUUUGAGGAGAAAAUGGCUCAGUUUAGGAAGGACCACCCUGAUCUAAACAAGAACUCCGACACUUCUGUUGUCCUUAAAAGGAGCUCAACCAAAGUCCAAAAGAAGUUUCAGCAAAAUGUAGAACCAGUGAAAUCUCCCCCAGAAAACUAUUUUUCUGAGAAGGUAAAAUUCCAUGGAGAGCCCGAGAAGCCCCCAAUGAAUGAAUACCACAAGUUCCACCAGGAUAUGUGGUCAAGUAGGGAGCUGCAAAACCUGCCCAUGAGGGAGCGCAUGGUGGAGAUUGGCAGACGCUGGCAGCGUGUCCCGCUGAGCCAGAAGCAGCAUUACAAGAAGCAGGCAGAGGAGCUGCAGAAACAGUACAAGGUGGACCUGGACCACUGGCUCAGCAGUCUGUCCCCUGAAGAAUAUGCUGCUUACAGAGAGAGAUCCUAUGCUAAGCGUAAGAACAUGAACAUGACUGGAGGCCCAGACUCCAAGAUCAUGAGGAAAGAAAUGCUGUCAUCAGCCAGGGCUCUGCAAGAAAGGCUUGCACAGGAGCAGGGGCUGCAGACUCCAGAGACAGGGUCAGCAAGGACUAGAGGGGGCUGUUCUUAUGUAUCACAGAGACCAAAGGAAAAUAAGGAAGAUGGGGAAAAGGCAGAAAGCAGUAGCUCCUCAGACUCCAGCAGCGGGGAUGAAGAUGAAGACUGUGAGGACAGCAGCUGCAGCUCAUCUUCCUCAGGGGUCACCUGUGACUCAGAUACCAACUGA